AUGCGAUUUCUGUGGCUCCUUUUAGCAAUCGGAUCGGCGAGCGCCCUCUACACGAAGAAAGAUGAUGUUGUCGAGCUGACGGAGGCCAACUUCAAGAACCUCGUCAUUAACAGCGAUGAGAUUUGGAUUGUCGAGUUUUAUGCUCCAUGGUGCGGCCACUGCAAGAACUUGGUGCCUGAAUACAAGAAAGCUGCUACCGCCUUGAAGGGCAUUGUUAAGAUUGGCGCUGUUGAUAUGACGGCUCAUCAAUCGGUUGGUGGCCCAUACAACGUUCAAGGAUUCCCCACAAUCAAGAUCUUCGGAGCCAACAAGAACAAGCCUACGGAUUUCAAUGGGCAACGUACUGCUCAAGCGUUCGUCGACGCCGCUCUUGCCGAAACACAGAAGGCCGUUCGUGAACGUCUCGGAGGAAAAGGAGGAUCAAGUGGAUCGAGCUCUGGCUCUCGUGGUGGAUCUGGCGGAUCGGGUGGAGGAAACGAAGUCGUCGAGUUGACUGAUGCCAACUUUGAAAAGCUCGUCUUAAACUCCAAGGAUGUGUGGCUCGUCGAAUUCUUCGCUCCAUGGUGCGGCCACUGCAAAAAUCUCGAGCCCCACUGGAAGGCCGCUGCUUCUGAACUCAAGGGAAAGGUUAAACUCGGAGCCCUCGAUGCCACCGUUCACACCGUCGCAGCCGGUAAAUUCUCAAUCCGUGGCUUCCCUACAAUUAAGUACUUCGCUCCUGGAAGUGAUGCUGGUGAUGCCGCCGAGUAUGACGGUGGUCGCACAACUUCGGACAUCGUCAACUGGGCUCUUGCUAAGCACUCCGAGAAUCUUCCACCACCAGAGUUGAAGGAGGGCAAUUCGCAAUCUGUUGUCGAUGAGGCUUGCAAGGACAAACAACUCUGCAUCUUCGCCUUCCUUCCUCACAUUCUCGACUGCCAAUCGAAGUGCCGCAACGACUACAUCGACACAUUGAAGCAACUUGCCGAGAAGUUCAAGAAGAACGCUUGGGGAUGGGUAUGGACUGAGGCUGGAUCUCAGCCAGCGCUUGAAGAAGCUUUCGGAGUUGGAGGUUUUGGAUACCCAGCAAUGACUGCAGUCAACCCACGAAAGGGAAAGCUUGCUACACUCAGAGGAUCGUUCAGCAAGGACGGAAUUCACGAGUUUUUGCGUGAUUUGAGCUACGGAAAGGGUCAGACAACAUCGAUGAAAGGAGACGGAUUGCCAAAGAUCGAGAAACGCGAUGCCUGGGACGGAAAAGAUGGAGAGCUUCCUCAACUCGAAGACAUCGAUCUAUCUGAUGUGGAUAUGGAUCACGUCGAACUC